UGAGCAUCGCAUCACAACUUUGAACUUUGACAAUGGUUUCCAAGUAAGAGUAUUCGUUCCCACAAAAUUUAAUUCGCGAAUUGAUAUGACAAGGUUGAUUGUGAAGAGCUGACGAGAAGACUGAAAAUCCCAAAUCAGAGUUGUAUGUAUGUUUAGAUGGAUCCAGAGCAGACGUUUAUACGGGUUCAAGAACGAUUUGCUCAGAUGCUGACGCCCAGGAUCAGAGCUACUCUCGAGUAUUUGUAUCUCUUCAUGGCCGUUACCCUCUUCUGUAUACUUGUUGUUAUGCACGCCAAUUACGUUCAACAGCCUGGCUGUUCAAGUGAACUGUCUAGAGUGAACAUCUCAGAUGCACAACUCAUUCAAAUCAAGAUAACUAGUGCUGGCUUGUGGUCACAAAAUCAAACCAACUAUGAUGUAGUAAAUGUUGUCAAUGAAGAACCUAUUGAUGAGAACCUGAAACAUGUGAAUGAAGAUAGUUCAGUUACUGCUGCUACAAAACCAUGGUUGGACUGGUUAAGUGAUGGAGCUAAGAGUGGUAAAUCUCUAUUAUAUUCAAACAAUGAGCCCUCUGAGUCUUCAUUGGGAAGUUCAACGAACAGUGAGUCAGUGGGUGAUGAUGUGGUCCCCAAAAUCAGUAAGGAAGUUUCACGUGCACGAUUUUUCAUCUCGCCGAAGGAAUCACUAAAAGCAGCUAUAAUUCGAAUUGGCCAAAAAUGGAAUGGGCGCUUGUCUUUCAUUUGGAGAGUUUCCAAGCGAGUCCUUGGAGGAUUAUGGGAAAUUGCUGGUAUACAUCUACAUAUUGACAUUCCUAAGUUGCUCAAGACGCUUCACUUGGACAAGCUAAACUCUUAUGCUGUGCAGUGGCUUGAGACAAGAAGCAAUGCAUUUGAACCUAAUUAUUUAUACACCAAAGAGAAGGGUUACUUGUUACUGCCCGAGGAAGCUAGAUUGCGCCAUAACAUUCGCACAAUAAACAUAAGCAUCUCUGCUCGGCAUUCCUGCUUUGGUAACAGGUGGCAGCAGCUUCUUAUAAACAGACUUGUGGGAUAUGACACUAUAUUGAUGAAUAGUUUGUUGAAUUCUCCUGGUGAAGGUUAUCUUUAUAAUCACCAAACAAAGGAGUUCUAUAAUCUUACUUAUGCACAUGAGCAACCUGAAAGUUCUGCGAGAUUUGGAGACUACCUUGUCACAAAGUGUGGUGUACUCAUGAUGUCACUCUUUGUUUUCUUUACCACGACAAUGUCAGUUUCAUUUACAUUGAGAGAGACCCAAACGCGCAUGCUGAAGUUUACGGUGCAGCUACAGCAUCAUGCUCGGCACAGGCUUCCAACAUUUCAAUUGAUCUUUGUGCAUGUAAUUGAGUCCCUUGUUUUUGUACCGAUCAUGAUAGGCAUCCUAUUUUUUUUGUUCGAGUUCUAUGAUGAUCAGCUGCUGGCUUUCAUGGUGUUAAUUUUUGUUUGGCUGUGCGAACUUUUCACAUUAAUCAGCGUACGCACACCAAUAUCCAUGAAGUACUUUCCACGCUUCUUUUUGCUUUACUUUCUGGUUUUCCACAUCUACUUCUUUUCUUAUAGUUAUGGUUUUUCUUAUCUAGCACUCUCGACAACAGCUGCAUUUAUGCAACAUCUUAUUUUAUACUUCUGGAACCGUUUUGAGGUUCCAGCUUUGCAGAGAUUUAUGCAAAGCAGACGAUCACAUUUUCAGCAGCAUCCUGACUUUCAUAUCACCUCCUCUACGAUUCUUGCAUCAACUUUGCACAUUACAAGAUUAAAUGGAAGGGGUCCUGCUCCAACUAAUGUUGAUUUGGCUCCUGGUCCUGGGCCUAGAACUGAUCCGUCACUGCCAAGAAAUGGUGCCAAUGAAUUUCCGGUAGUUGCAGAUGGACAAGGUAAUGGAAACCAAGAUGAGUUUGGUAAUUCUCUUCAACUUGGAGGGCAAGUGGAUACCCGCCAGUCUGAAGGUGGAGCUAACCCGGGGUCUAUGAAUUCAUUCAGCUCCUUGCUGCUGUGGAUAUUAGGGGGUGCUUCUUCUGAAGGUCUAAACUCCUUUCUCUCUAUAUUUCGAGAUGUACGAGAGCAUGGUCAAGUUUUUGCUGGACAAGAAACUCAUGCCACCCAAAAUCCUGAAUAGAUGCAGAUGGUAGCUGAAAUGUUGGCAGCAUAAGCACAAGGGAGAAGUAUUUCGAAAACACUGUUUAUCCAUGAGAAUGGUGAAAUAAGGCUAAGGACUGAGGCUGUCAUUGUCUGGACAGAUAUGUAGAAGUUGUAGAGAUUUCUGUAGUUGAUGAAUCGCUAAAAACUUAUUAUUAUUUGGUUUACUUAA